GACAGUACAGUAUGUCACAUAAUGACAUUUGACAAUUUUGUACAGUAAAAGUAAAUAUAAGUAAAUAGUAUACGUUUUAAAAAUAAAUAUAGUUUAUAUUUCUAAUGCAUAUAUCCAUAUGUAUAAUAAACAUAUUUUUAUCUUAAAUAUACGCGUAAUCUGAUGUUGUAAAUAGAAUACUUAGUAGAUUAUAUCCAGUCCUGUCAAGCACUUAAGAUUUUGUUCGUGAUUUUAUUACUAUGGAACGAACUUUUAGGAACUUAUUCUUAAUAUGUGUACUCAUUUUAGCAAAUAUCGCUAUAAUUUUAGCAGAAAACGAGCCCAAAGAAGACGAUGAACUCAAACCAACUUUGACAGGAACUGUUGCUGCACCAGGCAGCACCCCAAAUACACGAAAUGUAGGAUUCGUACAUGCCUUUGUGGCUUCUCUUAGUGUAAUACUUGUAUCUGAAAUAGGAGAUAAGACAUUUUUUAUAGCUGCAAUAAUGGCAAUGAGACAUCCAAGAUUAACAGUAUUUGCAGGUGCCAUAUCUGCAUUAAUAGUGAUGACAAUAUUAUCAGCUCUUUUUGGAUGGCUCGUCACUGUGAUACCUAGGGCUUACACUUAUUACAUAAGUACCGCACUAUUCGCCAUAUUUGGAUUAAAAAUGUUGUGGGAAGGAUAUCAUAUGAAGAAAGAUGAGGGACGUGAAGAAUUAGAGGAAGUUCAAAUGGAACUUAGACAAAGAGAGGAAGAGCACGAGAGAGAUGCCAUUCCAGAUAUAGAAACUGGUAGUAGUAAUAGAAGAAAUCAAUCAGUAUGGUAUGAAGUAUCUAGAAUACUAUUACAGGCUUUCACAUUAACAUUCUUAGCGGAAUGGGGCGAUAGAUCUCAAUUGACGACAAUUAUUUUAGGUGCCAGAGAGAAUGUUUACGGUGUUAUAAUCGGAGGAGUGUUAGGACACUCUGCCUGCACGGGUGUGGCUGUGCUGGGAGGAAGAAUGAUCGCUCAGAAAAUAUCAGUAAGAACUGUGACCCUUAUUGGUGGUGUAGUAUUUUUAGUGUUUGCAUUUUCGGCCUUCUUCUUUGAUCCUAAUGCUACAUAGACGAACAAUAUUUUAUAGGUUAUUAUAAUAUAUGUAUGAAGUGUAAAUAAUACGGUAUAAAAAUUACCUCGUUUUGUAUUGAUUUUGUAAAUUUAUUUUAUAAGUAGUUUAAUUAUUAACCUUUCCAGAAUAGAUAACUGUGCAGCAUUUAACAAAACGCAG